UUUUUUUUUGUCGGUUUGUGAGUACAAGUUCUUUUUUCUCUCUCUUUCUUCCUUUUUCUCCUCAUGAACACCAUUACCUCUCAACUCUCUACACUCUACUCUUUAUGGUCUUCAGUUCAACUAGACCCUUUAACACUAAAUAAAAAAAUAGAGCCUGUCAUACAAGUGCUCGAAACACUUGUCAUAAAUGAACGACAAGAAAAGAGGCUUUUAGAAGCAACUAUUCAAGACAUGAUGACAUAUAUCGAAGAAGCUUCAGGAUUAUUAGGUGUAUCAUUAGAAAACAUGUUAGAUUCUCAUGGUGUUGUAUGGACACCCGACAUUUAUCCUGACUUAAAUCCUACUUGGCCUAAACAAAAAUCGCUGUACGAAUUAUACUCUAGACUAGAUCAUGAAAUUACUACUCGAAGACAACAUGUCGAAGAAUGGUUGAUGGAGAUACAAACACUCUGUAAAACAUUAGAGUUAGACUAUAGAUUUAAACCCAUAAAAGAGUAUCAAGAAAACAAUCUCUCUUGGGCUACUAUUCAAUAUAUUAGCUGUACAUUACGGGAUUUAAAGCAACUAGAGAAAGAACGUAUUUACCAGUUCAAUACAAUCAUGAAAUCCAUUCAUUUCUACUGGCAUAUGUUGGAUUAUAGAAACGAUGCCUCACUGGAUUUUUGCGAGAAUUUCCCUAUGGCUAUUGACAUGACCAUGACAAGAGAACAGCAACAAGCAGAACUGGACCGUACAAACGACUAUUUUCAUCAUCCCUCAAAUCCAUUCCAGCUUACUGAACUACCUCUGUUAAUGGACAAACAAGCACAGAUGAAAUCUUUGUUUGAUGCCAAUUGUCAAAUGUACCAUUAUUCUGUCACUAAAAUCAUGGCUGUAUGGGACGAGUUCAAUAUACCCCUUUUAGAGAGGCCUGUUUUACCGAACCGAUUAGGGGCACAGGAUAUGCGUAUUCUGAAGGAUAUCUUAGAUGGACUCGAACCGAUGAUAAAAAAGAAGUUUGAUGUGUAUAUUCAACAAUUUAAGGAACAACUUAUACCUUUAUGGGAUGCUUGUCUCCUAUCUGAAUUAGAAAGAGAUGUAUUUAUUGCUUCUUUAUACGAAAAAAAUAACAAACUAGAAAUCAAGACGGCCGUUGAAAUCCAUAUAGCCUAUCUUAAAAAUAUCCGUGGGGAAGGACAAGCACUUCAGGCUUUGAUGAAAGAGAGAAAAGACUUGAUUCAGGAAAUGAUUGAUUUUGAAAAAAAGGCUUCUGAUCCUAGACGUUUAUUCCAAGCUUCAUUUCGAUUGUUGGAAGAAGAGAAGUGGCGAAAUUCAUGUUUGCCUCGUUUAUUACAGUUAGAUAGACAGUUGAUCAAAGCCAUAGGAGAAUUUGAAAAGUUAGCAGAAAAACCUGUCAUGAUUGGAGACAAGCGUUAUUUGGAUGCCUUGUUGGAUGAAAUUGCAGAUCGAGAAGCAAACCAAACAUUCUUUGGCUUUUUAAAUUCGGAUCCCGUAUCACAUAAUAGUUCCUCCACUACUAAUACUAAUACCACCAUAACAAAACGUAUGAAAAGCAGGCCUGCUUCAGUCAUGCUGCCACAAAAGAAAUCAUCACUGCCUUCUAUCAAAGCACGCGCUGCCUCUGCUAUUCUAACGCCACCACCACCACCACCUAAAAAAAUCAAUCCUUCUCAAUCCAUGCCACUCAAAAAAAAAAUCAAAAAAGAUCCUCCUAAGAAGGAGCUCGAUUCCACUACAGCCUAUAUCCAAUCCAACAUGAACCUUAACAAAGCAUUAAGGCCUCAUCGUAUGCCUUCCUUGAUACCCACCCGAGGUGGUUUAGCAACUACUAAAUCUGCUUAAAGAAGAUAAUACUGUUUUUACGCUUCAAUUCAGACGAUGCUAGUUU